AUUAAAGCGGCAAGAUACAUGUAAUUCGCACCUUAAUCGCAUCUGCGUGGGCGUACUAAGCGAACAUUGAGCUGGUGCAAGAAGAGCUACUCACCGGAAAUCUGCGCCGACGAAUUGCAAUAUAUUAUAAUUACUUACAUAUUAACAUGCGGUCGUGAGACCUGGCUGCGAAGCGAGUGGCUGACCCAUAUUGCUUUGCUUACUCGAACUAGACGGUCGACAGCGCCUAAGGGCCAUGUCCCUACUUUUACAGCAUCGCUAUCACGGAUUGCCGACGUCCAGACAUGUGGUGUCCGCCGAAGGUGCGCCUUUCCGCUUGAGGCCGGUCGUCGUCCGUUCCCCGACCUCGCAUUCCAGCCUACGCUCCUUACCGGACGGCGCACAAGCUGUCAGCGCGGUUCAGCAGCAGGAGCAACAGAAUCGGGACCAACAUCUUCCCGAAUCGUCGUCGUCGCUGUCAGCACCUCACAGCGAGGAAGCCAUCCAUGAGGAUGCCUGUCGACCCGGCACCAGCACGUCAGCGAUCACCCACCAAACCCGUCAUUCCUCAGGAUCCCCUGAUUCUUCCUCCAUCCCCUCACUUCUUCCACCUGCUGAAAAUCCAUCUCCAUCCUCCUCAACCACGUCAACACCGACGGGCAGCAACGCUUCCUCCUCACCCUCUCCCUCUUCAUCCCCAAACUCUUCUUCCACCGCUUCCGGCCAGCCGCAGUUUAAACCACGCAACGCUCGAUACCCAGGGGUGUCCUACAACCGCAACAAGCCCCAACACCAGCAUCAACACCAGCAACACAGCAACAAGUACGGACAACAACAUCAGCCGUACAACCAGUACAGCAACCGUACGGACGGCCCCAGCACAAGCGGAUCCCGUACCUCCUGGCCCGCAGCAGCUGCCUCGUCCUCCUCCUCCCCGCAGCAGCAGCAACAGCAGCUGUCUCCUCCGCCCUAUGCUCGUGCAAUGGCCUACCUGCCCCGCACGCUGUUGCAGCUGCAAUUCCAGCAGCAGCCGCUGCGCCAGCGGCCCGCGUUCCUGGAGGCCUAUCCGGUGCCUCCGGGCAAGAAUUACAACAUCAAUUCCUUCCUGGGAAAGCGUGACCUGCACGGCGGUCAGUACUUGGUACCGCAAUCCGCGUAUCAGAGCUUUGUGGAGAGCUAUUUCGAAGCCCUGCAAGAAGGCUAUCAGCUCUUCCUAACCGAAAACUACCACCAACAAGUUUACAAAUAUUUCGUGGAACUGGAUUGGGAUUGGGACACGGAUUUGGAUCUAGUGAUGGAAGUCACGCCCAAGCUGAUGCAGCUUGUCGCUCAAGUCGCUGGCGACUUCUAUAAAUACAAGUACCCGAGCUCGGUUACCUCCAUCCGAACGCCUUAUCGCAUCCACCUAAACUAUCCCAAGCUAAUCACGACCGAGCUCCUAGCCCACCUAUGUCGCGAUCGCAUCCUGGAGGCCUGUCGUACACAGCUCUCGCAGUACUCGGUCGACUGGGAGCGACUGAUCGACUUCCCGCACGGGAGCUUGCGACUCAUGGGCUCCCGAAAGGGACAUUACAUGGACAGCGACCCAGCCUGGGUGCUGGAAAAGUCCUACUACCCAGCAAAGCUGAUGGAUGAUGGGAAAUGGCACCCCGGGCGGUUAACGACGCAGCUGUUGAUGGCUGCGAGCAUCUUCCCGGGGCCGCAGCAGGUGGCGGAAUUCGAGCGGUCGUCGGCAUACCUGGAUGUCGUGUUUGGGGACAUGGCGGCUUACAAGAAGAAGAUUGAGGAGCGGCAGCUGCGGCGACAGCAGCAGCAGUCCUCCUCCUCCUCCUCCGCAGCAGCACCACCAGUCAGCGGCUCUUCGGGGGUGCUGCCGCAGCUUCCCCCGGGCAGCUCCAAGUACCCGCUGUACGUGAAGCUGCAGGUGCAACCAGACGAGACGGUGUCCCUCAACAUCCACGUCAAAUCGAGGUUCCGGACCAAGAACAAGCAGGCCUUCGUUGAUGGCGGGCAGGUGGCGAGUCAGCAGCAGCUUCAGCAGCAGCAGGGCCCUCCGUUCAGCCAGCCGCUGUCAACCAUCGAAACGCCCUCCGUCGAGGGAACCCCAGAGCAGCAGCAGCAGCAGGAGCAGCAGCGGCUUCCCGCAGCGGGCUCCUGCUGCGAGCAGCCGGCUCCGGAGCAGGAGACAGCCGCGGAGCCAGCACGGCACCAUGUUGGGGUGGUUUCGGGGCUAGGCGAAACCCCCACUGGGGUGUUGCUGCCUGAGACGCUACCAGUGCCUGCAGAGCCGGCCUCAACGGCAACAGCAGCAGCAGCCUUGGAGGCAACUCCUGCAGGCGUAACCGCGGCGGGAGCAUCCGCAACGGCCGCUGAAGCAGCACCGGCAGCACCGGCAGCACCGGCAGGGGCAGCUUCACAGCAACCGUUGUCGACUGGCGGCUGCUGCUGCCCGUCGGAUGCACCGCAGCUUCCACCGCAUGGGGGCGCACCCGCAGCCGCAGCCUCCCAGUGCUCUAGCAGCGCCGACGACGCCGUGCUUCAGCAGCAGCAGCAGCAGACACAGACGCAAAGUGAAGCUGCGCCGGCCGGGCAAUCACCAUCAAUACACCCAACAUGACACCUCCACCAGCAAACAGGUUACCAGCGAGCAAAGCGUGGAGGUGGUUCCGGAGCGGCCUUUGCUAUCAUAGCGAGGAGUCUGACGGUGGGCGAGGGUUUUCGAGCCUGGGGGAUGAGAGUAAGAGUGAGACGGUGGUUGGGAGUGAAUGGAUGG